ACAGAACUCAAAAUCAAUCAAACAAUAGUAAAGCAGAAAACAAUAGGAAAGCAGAAAGCAAUGGUGUCCGAAUCCCCCAUUCAUGUGCUCCUAGUUUCAUUUCCAGCACAAGGACAUAUAAGCCCUCUCCUCCGACUAGGCAAACACCUCGCCGCAAAGGGCUUAUUCGUCACUUUCUCCACCACCCGCCAAAAGGGCGAGGAGAUGGUGGUGGCAGCAGCAGCAACCACCACCACCACCACCGCCACCGCCAACGGAACAUCAUCACCACCACCACCCACACCAAUCGGCGACGGUUUCCUCCAGUUCGACUUAUACGACGACGGUUUACCAGAAGAUCAUCCCACAAGGAACGACCUUAAAGAUUACUCACUUCAGAUUGCGGAAUAUGGCAAGAAAAUUCUACCCCAGUUGAUCAAAAAACAUGCAGAUGCAAAUCGUCCUGUCUCAUGCAUCAUCAACAACCCUUUUGUGUCAUGGGUUUGUGAGGUAGCCGCUGAAUUGGAUAUCCCUUGUGCUAUGUAUUGGAUUCAUGCUUGUGCUACCUUUGUUGCUUGUCAUCACUAUUUUCAAAAAUUAACACCUUUUCCUACAGAAACUGAGCCUUACCUUGAUGUUCAAUUGCCUACUUUACACCUUAAAUACAAUGAAGUCCCUGGAUUUCUCCACCCUUUUAGUCCAGUCCCUUUUGUGCAAACCUUGGUGACCCAACAAUUUGACCAAUUGUCUAAAAUCUUCUGCAUAAUCAUGGACACAUUUGAGGAGCUAGAGCAAGAUUCUUUCAACUAUUUGUCUUCAGAUUUAAAUAUUUUGAUUAGGCCUGUUGGGCCUUUGUACAAGAUGCCAUUAGGAGCAGCAGCAGCAGAGAAUUCUAAUAGUACUUCCAAAAAAGCUGAUGAUUCCAUUAUUGAGUGGUUGAAUUCAAAGCAAAAAUCAUCUGUGGUUUACAUUUGUUUUGGCACUAUUCUUCCACUACCUAUUGAACAGUUAGGUGAAAUUGCUUAUGCUCUGUUGGAAUCUGAAGUCUCAUUCCUCUGGGUGUUAAGGGAAUCUCACAAAGAAGAAGCUUUGAAAACUGGUGCUUUCCCUGAUGGGUUUUUCGAGAAAAUCAGUGAGAGGGGCAAAGUGGUAAAAUGGUGCCCACAAGAGAAAGUUCUAGCCCACUCUUCAGUGGCAUGCUACUUCACUCACUGUGGCUGGAACUCGACGUUGGAGACGGUGAGUUCAGGGGUACCCAUGUUGACAUUCUCACAAAUCAGUGACCAGAUGACCAAUGCAAAGUUGAUUGUGGAUGUGUUUAAGGUGGGGAUUCGAGUGAGUCAUCAUGGGUUGUCUGAGAAGAAAUUGGUGAAGAGUGAUGAGAUAAAGAGGUGUUUAGUGGAGGCUAUGGUGGGGCCGAAAGCGGAGGAGCUGAAGCGGAAUGCGUUGAAGUGGAAGGAUGCGGCGGCGGCCGCCAGGGCUCGCGGUGGCUCCUCCGACAGGAACCUUGAUGCGUUUGUCGAGGAUAUUAAGAAGGUUGCCGUGAAAAAAUUUGUCGGUAAUUAAUUAAUGCAACCGCUUGUGUUCUAAAUUUCCUAUAACGUUUUGUCAAUUCAAGAAUUAAUUUCGUACGCGAUGUUUCUUUCACGGUACUUGUCUACUGUCCUCUUUUUUGCCAAUUUUUUAUUACUUUUAGGUAAUUUGUAGAAUUGUACUCUACCAUCCGUUUUAAUAUCUCCGUUUGCUAUUUUUAUCGGA